GUAGUCUUUUAUCAUAGCUUUUUACUGGUAGCAGUCAAGUGUAUUUUUGAAAUACAGAACUUGUACGAACAUACGUGAUUACACGAUAAUAGUGAUAGCACAUACAUACAAUACGUUAACAUUUGAAAUAUUUUCCGAUUACAAUCUGACAUAACCUGGCCGACGUGCCACUGUUCGCUUUAUGGCGAAUUGAAUUGGCGAGACUUGACUCGCGCCUCAACCAUGCUAAUAACAUAUUUCUGGAAUAACUGGAGGUAUAGUAAUGCCCCAGAGGGCCAACAGCCAUUUGAAAAGGUGGUUGGGCUAAGUAAAUAUGGAUUUAUCACUGGUCUUGGAGUUGGCGCAUACGAUUCUGUAAUUUUAUCUCAGACAGCAGGCUUCUGGAAUACAGUAAAUUGCAUGUCUUACUGGGUGGUGCCUCUUACUGCCAUGUGUGCUACCUUUGCCUCCGUAGCUUAUACAACGACAAAAAUUAGGGGAAAAGAUGGCUAUUUCAAUUACAUUUUAGCCUCAUUAGCCACAGGUGGAAUCUUCUAUCGCUGGCAAAAGAAUGGUCCAUUAACUCAUAGUUGGACAAUCGCAAUAAUUGCAUGCGCCACAAUGAAGAAGUUCAGUGAUCUGACUGGUUUUGAACCCUUACCGUUACAUCCGCAAGUUCGAGAAGAAUAUACUUCUCUCCCAUUCGACAUGACCAUCAUUAAGGAUCCCAGAGGACCUAGACCCUGGGAAUAAUGACAUUUCAUAUACAGAAGAAAAAUAAUUAGUGCUGCUGAUAUAUAAAUCAAAUGGGGAUAAAUCAUAUUGUAUAAUUAAUGAUACAAAGAGAUACGAAAUGCAUAUAUUUUGCUUUCGUCAUGUAUUUAUUCGAUUCUAGUACAGGAAAUAAAAGGAUUGUAAAAA